CUCAAUUUUCUUUGAGUGCCUUUUGUAGCCCCAAUCUGUGAAGUCUAUGUUGAAGAGUGCUGUGAGCUGCAGCAAUGCAAGGACUCUAUCCUGUUUUGCUUUUGAUAAUUUUUCUUUCACACAUCUGUGCGAAGAAGAUGCGUUGGUGCACAGUUUCAGAGCCCGAGCAGAGGAAGUGUGCCGAGUUGGCUAAAGCCCUGGUUGCCGUGUUACCACCAGCAGAUGUGGCAGCAUUUGCCCGACUCUCCUGUAUCCUCGCCUCCAGCACAACUGACUGCAUAGAGAGGAUCCGGGCUAACCGUGCAGACAUAGUGUCCCUAGAUGCGGGUGAAGUUUACUCCGCUGUGAAGCAAUUUGGCCUUGUGGCUGUGGCAAAAGAAAUAUACAACGAUGGAGGGUGCAUCUUGUCUGUAGCUGUGGUGAGGAACAGCACACUGGACAUCCGUUCAUUGGAGGGACUCCGGAGCUGUCACAGUGGGGUUCGGUGGACCGCAGGCUGGAGCCUUCCUCUAGGCUUCCUCCUGUCCCGCAACUACCUCAGCUGGUCUAAGGAGCAGCCACUCAGUCAAGAUGUCAGUGCAUUUUUCAACUCCAGCUGUGUUCCUGGAGCGGCUGCCAUGGCGCCCUCUCUUUGCGCAUUGUGCCAGGGCCAAAAGUCCUACAUUCGACACAAGAAUUAUCAUUGUGAAACAUCCCACAGUGAGCCUUUUUACAACAGUCAGGGUGCUCUCAGAUGUCUCAGAAGUGGAGCAGGAGACAUUGCAUUCAUCGACCAUUUAGCCUUGCAAAGUAUUGAAGAGAGUGAGUGGGAUGAGUUCAGACUACUGUGCACAGAUGGGAGCCAGGCUCCUCUGAGCCUGUACAGGUCCUGUAACCUGGGCAGAGGUCCGGGCGGGGCAUUGGUGACGCGCUUCAACCUCCGCAAGAUUGCUCGGAAAUUUUUACACAUAAGUCAAGUGCUGUUUGGGCCAAAGGGAAAAGAGAGGCUUCGGUUCCAACUUUUUAACUCCUCUGCUUUUGGAGAAAGUGAUCUUCUGUUUAAAGAUGUCACAGAUAAACUUGCUGUUCUGAUGGAGGACGAGGACAUCAGCCAGGUGCUGGGGCUGGACUAUGUGGCUCUUCUCAAAGGACUUGGACAUGAAGGGAGCUCUCUUGAGGACAGUGUGAUUCGAUGGUGCUGUAUCAGUCAAGCAGAACAGAAGAAAUGUGAGCAAUGGGCUCUAAGUAUCAAGUCAGACCCUCUGGUGUGUGUCCGAGCAGCCUCAAUGGGAGACUGUGUAGAAAAGAUUAAGAGAGAUGAGGUGGAUGCAGCCUCACUGGAUGCCACUCACACAUUUAUCGCAGGAAAAUGUGGCCUUGUCCCUGUAGUCACAGAGUAUUAUGGUGUAAAAUGUUUGUCUGCAACUGAAGGAUCAACACAUUUGGAGACUGACGUCCUACCAUCAGUCAUGGGCAUAGCAGUAGCUAAAAGAGUCAGCAGGAGCAUCUUCAUUGGGAACCUGGGUAGCCGACGCUCCUGCCACAGUUACAUGUACAGCCCAGCAGGAUGGCUUCUGCCUUAUAGAUACCCCCUGAGUCUGGAGCACAACAACACCUCCCCCUGCAAUCCAGACCAAGUGUACAAUGAGGUGUUUUGGAAAGGAUGCCUGCCUGGCUCUGAGGGUAACUUGUGUAAAGUGUGUAUGGGAGGCACUGAAGAUGCUCCCUCCAAACGCUGUGCUCACAACCACAACGAACGUUAUUAUGGGAAUAUGGGCGCUUUAAGGUGCCUGGUUGGUGAUCCCACUGGAAAAAGCUAUGGCGAAGUAGCUUUUCUGGAACAGCACAAUCUCCAAGCCAAUAUUCUAAGUUUAAGCUCCAGUGGCUGGGCUCAGGGAUGGACUUCUGCAGACUUUGAGCUGUUGUGUGCCGAAGGUCACCGGGCCCCUCUGUCAGAGUGGGAAACCUGUAACCUGGGUGUCAUUCCUCCAAACACUGUAAUGACCAGACCAGUGCUCACUGCUCGAGUUUACGACUUCCUCAUGAAGUCUCAGGAAGCUCUUGCAGCUAAUCCUGAUUCUGAGUUUAAGCUGUUUGAGUCACAUCAGUAUGCAGAGAGUGAUUUGUUGUUUAAAGAUGCCACUAAGUGCUUUGUCCACACAAGCCACAAAGACUUUCGUUCAAUUCUUGGAGAAGAGUUUUACCAACGUGCAGAAACUGUCUUCAACUGCACACAUGCAGAUCUUCUGGAGUUAUGUAGUAAGGACAUAUGCAGCAUCUUUUAAAGACAACGCUGAAGAGAAUUUGUUGAAAAAUUUGGGUCAUUUCAAAAGCAGCAAAUGAAUAACCAAUAAAGUUAUCCAAAGCAGC